GCAGGACUCCCCUCUGAAAGCGGUGCAGAUGCUCUGGGUCAACCUCAUCAUGGACACUCUGGCGUCUCUGGCUCUGGCCACCGAGCCGCCCACCGAGUCUCUGCUGCUCCGCAAACCGUACGGCCGCGACAAGCCGCUCAUCUCCAGAACCAUGAUGAAGAACAUCCUGGGCCACGCAGUGUACCAGCUCGUCAUCAUCUUCACUCUGCUCUUUGCUGGCGAGACGUUCUUCGACAUCGACAGCGGCCGUAACACUCCCCUGCACUCCCCACCGACUGAGCACUACACCAUCGUGUUCAACGUCUUCGUCAUGAUGCAGCUCUUCAACGAAAUCAACGCCAGGAAGAUCCACGGAGAAAGGAACGUCUUCGAGGGAGUCUACAGGAACCCCAUCUUCUGCAGCGUUGUGCUGGGAACCUUCAUCCUGCAGAUCAUCAUCGUCCAGCUUGGAGGGAAACCGUUCUCCUGCACGGCUCUGACUAUCGACCAGUGGCUGUGGUGUGUGUUCAUUGGCGUGGGAGAGCUGCUGUGGGGACAGUUGAUCUCGGCCAUUCCCACACACCACCUGAAGUUCCUGAAGGAGGCGGGCCACGGCAUCACGAAGGAGGAAAUCCACGAGGAGGAGCUGACGGAGGGCGCAGACGAGAUCGACCAUGCCGAGAUGGAGCUGAGGAGAGGCCAGAUCCUCUGGUUCAGAGGUUUGAACCGCAUCCAGACGCAGAUUAAGGUGGUGAACGCGUUCCGUAGCUCCCUGUACGAGGGGCUGGAGAGCCCAGAGUCCCGUAGCUCCAUCCACAGCUUCAUGGCCCAUCCCGAGUUCGUGCCCCUGUCCGAGAGGAGGCUCGCAUCCCCACCAUCGAGGAGACCGGAGACGAGAUCGACCCCCUCCCCAGCUCCUCGUCUGGGGCCAGUGGAGGAGGGGAGCCGCCCCGCGCCUUCCCCCACGGCCAUGAGUCAUCCAUCUGAGCUCCUCCCUCCUCCUCCUCCUCCUCCUCCUCUCCUCCUCCUCUUCAUCAGCAUCUUCUGUCACCCCACCAACUGAACUGUCACUGAGGAGGGAAGUCAUGACUCUGCUCGUCCCCUCAUCCUGCACAUGCUUCACGUUGUGUCCACCCCCACCCACCCCCCCUCGGUCAUUCCUGCCACGUUGUGUUUUCAUAGCGACUGUGGCGUGGUUCUGCCUGUAAGUCUCGUCCUCCACCGCCUCCACACGGGGUGGAGUCCAUCGUCUUCGCCGUGGAUCGCCUGUCCUCGUCCAUUCAUGGCUUUGUUUUUUGUUUUUGUUUUUUUACUUGACGAUACCUUUGAAGAAGCUUUUAAAAGUUGUUGAGCUUAAUUUUGCGGGACUCACAGCAGCAUGUUGUGUUUCCUUUACUCGCUUUCAUUCCUGCGUCGUCGAAAAGCAGCACCGAACUUUGCGAGUGCAGCAAUCCUGAUGUACAUACGCUUCUGCUCUUCUUCACAGCUAUAAGCCGGGUUUGGUGAUCAGAAAGAAGAUUUUUAGGCAAAUGCAAAAUUGUAACCCUUUUAUUUCCUUGUUUUUUCCCCUUGUUGUUGUUUUUUUUUUUUAAAGAACACUUUAAGGAAUGUUUAAUGGAUAGAUGAUUCAGACUCCUGAGAAUGUCUUGUGAGUGUGACACUACAGUCUUCAAGGUUAAACUGUUUAAAAAAAAGAUGUUCUUCCCUUUAUCAUGUCUAUAUGUGUUGUUUUGUGUUUUUUGGUUUUGUUUUUGUUUUUGCUGCUGUGUUGCAUGUGGAAGGACCGAAGGUUUCUCACCCUGGAAACCCCGGACGCGGCGGUGUCCCGAGAGCGCUCUCUUUCACUGGGUGUCUGGCUUCAUCUCAUCCAGUCAGGUUCUGGUUUCUCUCUGCCCCCCCCCCCCCCCCCCCCUCUCCCCCUCACUUACUCUAGUAGGAUGCAUGUUUUGUUUCUGUCGUGUUGAGUCGCAUGAAAACUUGGGAAUGAAUACUUGGGUUUCCGUUUUUGACGACCACG